UCAGUUUCUUAUGGCAUAAGGCUUACUACACCUAUUGUAAAUCCGGGCUUAGUCUUCAUCCCCUCGCCCUGCGACCUUAUGGCAUACGGCGUGUCGGCGUAUGCUACCGGGAAAUCACUGGUUUACACGUGUUCCAAAGGAAGUAAGGAAUAUCUGUAAUCGAACAAGCAAGUUAUGUCUUUCCGCGGAGGACGCGGCGGUGGUAGAGGAGGCGGUGGUUUCAGAGGCAGCCGAGGUGGCGGCGGAUUUAAUAGGGGUGGUCGGGGUGGCGGUUUUGACAGAGGCAGAGGAUUUGACCAAGGACCUCCAGAGACGGUAACAGCACUGGGGCAUUUCACAUGGACGGUGGAAAAUGACUUGAUUCUUAAAGUUGAUAUUGAACAAGUUCCCUUUUUCAAUGCACCAAUUUACACAGAGAACAAGCAACAGAUUGGCAAAAUAGAUGAAAUAUUUGGUAAUAUUCGUGAUUAUUACGUAUCCAUUAAAUUAUCAGAGAAUGUAAAGGCUGCCAGUUUCGAAAAAAAUGUUCAGUUGUAUAUUGACCCAUUAAAGCUGUUACCACUUCAAAGGUUCUUGCCAAAACCUCCUGGAGAACAGAAAAGAGGUGGUCCUGGCAGGGUCAUGAAAAGAAACGCUGGAGGCAGAGGAGGUAUAGGUGGUAGCAGAGGAUCUUUCGGUAGAGGAGGAGGCAGCUUUGGUAACAGAGGCGGCAAUAGCGGAGGAUUCAGAGGUCGCAGAGGAGGUAGUGGAUUUAAUCGUUCAGGUGGAGGUCGAGGAGGAGGCAGAGGAAGAUGGUAGAUUUAAAAAUAAGUGUAUAUUAGAAUAAAUAUUAAAAUAUGUAUUAUAAUGAUAAAUCUUAUAAAUGACAAAGGAAAUUAAAUUUUAUACAAGUUAAUUUUUCUAAAUUUUCUUUAAUGAUUUUAAUUGUAUAAUAGUGUCAUUAUUUAUAUGCCAUGUAUAUGUAUUAUGUGGAUUUGACGGCAUAAGGCGCGCACGCGUGUGUGCAUAUGCAAAAAAUAUAUAAAAGCGAAUAAUAAUCCACAAA